CUUAAAAGCCGCUCCCCUGCGAGCCGGCAACUGGCGCUCUCCUCCCUGCGCGCAUCCAGGGAGCCGCAGCUCCACCCGGUACUAUGGACCCCGCUACGCCCCUGCGGUUGUGGCUUCUGCCGCUGCUCCUGGUGGGCUCUGCUCGCGGUCUGGCUUCAGCAUCCGCUCAAGGGAAUAACUUAGAGAUCUGCCUCUUGCCUUUGGACCAGGGACCUUGUCGGGCCCUCUUCCUCAGGUUCUACUAUGAUAGGAACGAACAGACUUGCCGCGAUUUCAAGUAUGGAGGCUGCCUGGGCAACGCCAACAAUUUCCACAGUCAGGAACUCUGUGAAUACACUUGCGGGAAUAUCGAGAAAGUUCCUACAGUUUGUCGAUUAGAACUCAACACCUAUCCAUGUGAUAAGCCCAAUGUGCAGUAUUUCUUCAAUCUGAAGACCAUGACAUGUGAAACCCUUAAGCCUGGUCUGUGUAGCACGACUAUGAACGUAUUCCCUGAUGAAGAUACUUGCAAGGACUUCUGUGAACCAAGGAAACUUCCAUCAUUUUGCUCCAGUCCAAAAGAUGAAGGCCUGUGCUCUGCCAACGUGACACGCUAUUAUUUUAAUUCAAGAAACAAAGCCUGUGAGACCUUUACCUACACUGGCUGUGGUGGGAAUGAAAAUAACUUUUAUUACCUGGAUGAUUGUGACCGUGCUUGCAUUAAAGCACCAAAGACGUCAAAGAAAAGGAAGACAGGACGUGGUUUCAGAAUCAGAAGAAAGCCCAGACGUUGGAAGCCACGUUUUUAAGCAUUUCCUUAUACCUGAGGAAACAAAUCAUUAGUAAUUUUACUCAUCUGAUUUUACUGAUAUGUUACUUUUUUACCUGUGUAUUUUUUAUUCAUAACAGGAUGCUUUCCAAAUGUGAAACUAUGGUUUUAAAUUUACUGUUCAAAUGUUUAAGUGACUGAAUCCUUCAGUUAUCAGAUAUGAAUGUGAACAUGACUCACCCAAAUUCUUGGGGUGGUUAGUCCUACUUUCAGAAGACAGUGGUUACUAAAAUAUCAUAUGACAAUUUAAUUGUGCAAUUUUAACAUAUAUGAGCAUCAAUAGGAAUGGUGAAACCAUUUCAGAUUGUAAUUUAGGGUCCUGGAGACGACUUGCUGAUUUAUGAACACGUUAAACAAUCAUCCCAAUGGUAUUACUUAUACCUUGCCAAGUGUACUUCCAUUCCUGUCUUGUCAGACUGCAAUAUGAUUAGGAGGGGCAGUUAUUUCAAAGUUACAAUUAUUAUUGGAUAAAUUUUAAAUGUGGGUGAAUUUAUGAAAACAAAAACAUUUUCCUAGAAAAAAUCAUUACAUAUGUAAUUCUGUGUCUCUGUGUUUUUCCAUAUCUGACAAGCUAGCAAUCUUCUUUGACAAUAUGUGUUGCAUUAUUUCCUCAGACAAAAUGUUUUGGAGAACAAUGACAUUACUAGAUCUUUUGUACAUGUAAGAUGCAUCCUGCAUCAAAUGCAUGUAUGAUUUGGUAACUUGAAUUUCAGAAAUACAUUAUUUUUAAAAGUGGUUAUUACAAGAAGGUAGUGUUUUUCUUUCCUAGUAAGGAAAAUUAAGAAAAACUGUAUUAUGCUUUUUUAGUAAAUUUAACAUUUAAAAGUAACUCUUUAGCAAAAUUACAAGUACAUUCACUCUUUGCCUGAGAAGGUAUUUCUCUGAAAACCUAUCACAGUUAUUUUUAAAACAAGGGUGUGCUAGAGAACAUUGAUCAAUGCAGAAAUCUGGAAACAAACUAGAGGUGUGAAUGAGACUGGCUGGCGAAGUGACAUGUGGGACAUGAGCAGAGUGUCUGUGUGUGUACAUAAUCAGACCCAAGGACACAUCGAGGAAACAGGGACUAGACAAUAAAAAAAAAAACAUGCACAUUCUCAGACAUCAUGGGAGAUAUUGAUGUACAUAAAUGAUUAUAAAGGAUGGAGGCAACAGAGAGUUAAUGGAUAUGAGACAAGUUUUAGGUAAGUGAUCCCUCUUCUGUAGUUUUUACUUUGGAACAUGUUCUAUUUUAUGGAAAUUUAAACAAGCUAAAGGAAAGAAAUUAGGCACUUUUUGAACACUGAAAAAAAAAUAUAGUGGAGAAUCCAAGCAACUAUUGAACAGUGAAAUAAGUACAAAAAAAAGAUAUAGUUUUAGUUUUGGUGGCUUUUAGAACCAGUAUGUGACCAUAAAUCUUUGGCAAUAUACAACUUAAGGAUCUAAACAUUCUAAAGAAAUCAGAGAAAGUAUUGAAAAGUUCUC